GAACUACAUCGCAAUGACUGAAAUACUCAAAAAAAUCUCAUUUAAAAAAUGAAUUCCUUGAGUCAUUUUUAUUCUAGUGUUUCUUCAGUAUUGUAUUGAUGAUGAAUACUCAAAUUCAAGGAGCAAAAUUGAAGGAGAUUUCUUUGGAAUCUAGCAACAAAGGAUUAGUGAAUAUUGUACCAUCUAUCAGUACUAUAUCUGAGGAAAGUGAACGUGUAAUUUAUAACAAUAUUAAUGGGAGGCCAAGGGCUGUACUACGAAGCAAUAACAUAAAAUGGCCAAAGGUUCCCUCGACUUUUCUUAAGCCUCCAACCAUUCAAAAACAUAAUAUUUACAGCUGUCAUAAAAAAAUCAUGGAUGAAAAAUUGAUGAAAAAUCGUCUGGUAACUGAUGCAACUCCUCAAAGUUGGAGUAGUAAGAAAGAAAAAUAUAGAGCAUCUAUGAAUUUUUAUAUAAGAGAUCAUGCACCUACUCAACAAUCAGAGAGCUCAGAAGAACAAAAAAAAGAUGAAAAAUUGGAAGAAACUCAGCAUUCAGAUGAAAUUGAGAGAAUCAACUUCCACAUUCAUGGCCACGAGGGACCUGAAACUUAUGUAUUUGGAUACGACACAGGAAAUGGGAAUAAUAGGCAAUUUCGUUAUGAAGAACGUCACGAUAAUGGAACAGUGACAGGUUAUUAUGGUUAUUACGAUGCCAGAGGAAAACUUCGAAAAGUUUAUUACACGUCGCAUCCAUCAAUUGGAUAUGAAUCAUUUCCGUUUGAAAAUAAGUUGAAAACGAAUAAUCGUUAAAUUCAA